AUGGAAGCCACAGCACCAGCAGCUCUAGCCGCAACCGCCACCACUAUCCCAGUGGGUCAAUACCCACUCUACACUCGCAUUCGCCUAGCAACACCAAAAGACGUACCUCAUAUCCACAAACUCAUUUAUCAAAUGGCUGUCUUUCAAAACGAAACUCAUCUCUUCACUGCCACUGAAUCCUCUCUUGCUUCCACUCUUUUUAACUCCCCUCCUUUCCAUUCCUUCACCAUCUUUAUCCUUGAGGUUUCCUCCAACCCCUUCAAGAACAUUCACUCUCCAGCUUUCCUGCCCGUUGACCGGACCAUCCUUCUUGAUCGUGUAGCCACUGACCCAGAUGCAGAAACAUUCAAGAGUGGUAUUGCUGAUGAAGAUGAUGAUAAUGUUACUGUGGCAGGGUUUGUGUUGUUUGUGCCAAGUUACACUUCGUUUUCCGGGAAGCCAGGGUUUCAUGUGGAGGAUUUGCUGGUUAGGAAAUGUUACAGAAGGAAAGGUUUUGGGAGGAUGUUGUUGUCGGCGGUGGCGGAGCAGGCGGUGAAGAUGGGGUUUAAGAGAGUGGAGUGGUCAGUGUUGGAGUGGAAUGUGAAUGCUAUCAAGUUUUAUGAGGAGAUGGGUGCUAAGGUUUUGAGUGAGUGGAGGGUUUGCAGGUUGACUGGUGAUGCUCUUGAGGCUUACGGUGAUGCUAAUUACUAG